CCCAUAAGAGUCAAUAAACAUUCCCUAUCGAGUCUCCCCACCUUCCCGAGCACUUUGACAGCUCCAAUGCAUCAUAACAUAACCUAAACAAUCAGCUGAUGACUGUGGAUUGGUCAGUGAUGAGGCACUCACUCCAGAGACCAAUUUUUGAAGCAAAAAAUCCCCUCUAGCUAUUUUAUUCGCCCUCAACACGCACUCUCCCAUUGUUACCCACUGGAGCCAUGUAAUACAGACAAAAACCUCUUCUAAAAUGGAUAAGAAGGCUGUGGUAGUGGCAGGGGAAGCUCCGGAGUCUGACGAGGAUACCCUAGACAUAAAAACGGGUCUGGCCUUCAAGUACCUGUCUAAUGCGUCUGGAAUAAUAAUAUCUGGGGAAGCUACAGAGUCUGACGACGAUGGUGGUAGUUUGAGCAGUGCAAGUGUGGCAAUAGAUGCAACAGCCUGCCCUCCCUACGUGAACGUGAAAUCAGCGAAUGACAGAAAGUUCAUAAAAUACAACAGUUUACUCCACAAAAAAUUACACGAGUGCAACGAGUCACUCAGGGAAAAUAUAGUCUGUCUGACUGAUAACACUAUUACUACUGGCAUUCAAGAGCUCACUGGAAUCAAUAAGCAGUUGGUGAAGAGUGAAUUGACAGUUCAGGAAGCUGCAUGCCAACUGAGGAAUGCAUCUGCCAGGUGGAAUGAAGCGUCCAGUGUGCUUUUUCAGAUAAUCGAUGGAAACUUCUUGAAUACCAUUAAAACAUAGACCACUGCUGGACCAAAUUCAUUAAUUUUAACUCUAAACUAAUUUAAUUGUGAAUGUUUAGAAGUUCAAUUGCGUUAUCCAAUUAUUGUUCCGUGUUUUCAACACAAAAAGAAAUAAAUAAAGAAGGUCUGAAUGAGGAACACAUGAAAUUUGAAUUUCCUGAGCAUAAAAAAACUGAAGACUUGCUCGAUGAGGACUUUCGCAAACAUUUAAUUUAACAUUCAAUAAUUUUCAGUUUACUUAGUUAUUUAUUAAAAUUGUACGAUUUUAAGACGGCUGUUAGCCAGUAGAUGUUGGACUCACAGUCAAAAUGACCUUGAAUAAGAAAAAAAACAUUGUCGAUUAUCUCAGGAGUUGUUGAGCAUUUUUUGUUCGUCUCUGUUAAAUUUUUUUCUUGUUUCAAGUUUGAUGGCAGUAGGCUAUUCGAUAGUUAUUGACUAACAGCGCGUAUCGUAAAUACCGACUUAGCUGCCGUUCUCUCGUGUUCAUGGAUUAUUCAAAACCUUUUAGAAGCUUCCUUUACCAUUAUUUGUUAAACUAUGGGCGAAAUAAAUUUCUGUUGUUUUGUUUACUGAA